AUCAUUAUAAUCAUUAUCAUCAAAUGUGAUUAUGUUUCUCUUCAGUUUUUUUUUCCUGCUCUCGUGUCGCGGUUCUUGUCCCCUCUUUGAUUUCUGCUCAUUAAAUCAGAGCAUCGCUGAACCAAUCAAAAGCCGCGGUGAAUCUUAGUGGACUGCAUCACGGCCGGGUCACCCAAUCCAAACAAAGACCCCCAGCUCCAUUCACACACGCGCACUCCCCACCCCACACUUCGGCUCUUCGUCUCCUCUCAAAGUUUGGUUCGCAGCUGAUGAAGAUGCUGAGCUGAUGAUCCUUUUUGAUGGUCUCCUCCAGCCUGCCGGACAGACCAGAUCGGUUCCCGGACCUGAACCGGACCCGAACACAAACGGAACUUCGUCCUGCUUUCCUGGAGCAUUUGGGAUUUGGAUUCUGCCCGUUGACUGAGAUGGGCUUUGAGUCCAGAAAGAAAGUGAAGCUGUUUUAGUUGAAGUCUGGAUUCUGGAGAUUGGCCCCCGCAGCCCCAUCCCCAGUCCUCUCGGGCCUCCCUCUCUCAGAGGCGGUAAUGCUAGCGGUGGGUCAGAUGGACGGGUCCCGACAGAGCGCCUUCCUCCUCAGCACUCCACCUCUGGCAGCUCUGCACAGCAUGACCGAGAUGAAGACCCCCCUCUACCCGGCCUAUCCCCUCUCCACCUGUCCCAACUCCUCCACCUCUCCCGCCACCACAUCUCCCAACCCAGGCGGCAUGGCCGUGUCUUCCCCCGGGAUCAAGAGUUCCACCGGGCUGUCUUCGGGCCUCGGCUCCCCGCAGCAGUGCUCCUCUGCAACUCCGCACGGAAUUAACGACAUCCUCAACCGUCCGGUCGUCUCCUCAGCUGGCACCACGGCGGUCGUAGCAGCUGCAGCCGCCGCCGCCUCCUCAUCUGCUGGGAUUCUGUCUGGACUGCCCAGGUUCAGCAGCCUCAGCCCGCCGCCACCUCCCGGACUUUACUUCAGCCCCAGCGCGGCGGCUGUGGCCGUGGCCCGGUACCCAAAGCCGCUGGCAGAUCUCCCGGGAAGGACGCCGAUCUUUUGGCCAGGAGUUAUGCAAAGUCCGCACUGGAGAGACGCCAGGUUCGCUUGUUCACCCCAUCAGAACUCAGUAUUACUGGACAAAGAUGGGAAAAGGAAGCACACUCGGCCCACUUUCUCUGGGCAGCAGAUCUUUGCGCUGGAAAAGACUUUUGAACAAACCAAAUAUCUGGCGGGGCCAGAGAGAGCGCGGCUGGCCUACUCUCUGGGGAUGACCGAGAGCCAAGUGAAGGUGUGGUUCCAGAACAGAAGGACCAAGUGGAGGAAGAAGCACGCAGCGGAAAUGGCCUCCGCGAAGAAGAAGCAGGACUCGGAGACGGAGCGGCUCAAAGGAACGUCGGACAACGAAGAGGAGGACGACGACUAUAACAAACCUCUGGACCCGAACUCGGACGAUGAAAAGAUCACACAACUGCUGAAAAAACACAAACCGGGCUCUGCGCUGCUGAUGCACACAUCUGAAAACGACAGCUCUUAAUUCACUUCUAUUUCCUGUUCCGAGGAGGAUCUGGCGGGACGAACUCAUGGAUUCGGUUCACUUUGUGAAUGUUUUUCUGCGAGGCGAAAGAGGAUACACACUUCCGGUUCACAGAGAAGACUUUAGCUGUAAAUAGAAGCGUGAGUUGUAUGAAUAGAAAUUGCUAUUGAAUCAUUGCUGUGAAUAAUUUAUGUGUAGUUUUUUUUCUUAUUUGUUUUGUACAGAAGCGAUUCUCCCAGAUCAGCGGUAAACACAUUUUAGUUUUGAUCUGACAGCAGAGGUAUUUUUUUUCUGUCUGUCCCUGAACGCCUCUUGAUCUAUCAGAUAAAACCGCAGCUGCACCUGAGGUCGCUAACACCCCCCCACACACACGCGCACGCACACACACACACACACACACACACACACACACCCACACACACUGGUGAACCCUGUGAAGCUGUGGAAGCGGCCUGCAGCAGCUUCAUGUAAAGCACUUUUAUUUAAUAAAAACUCUAAAGCUGGCUCGUUGUUUCCAACCGACGCAUUCAAUCAAAGCUGGAGUUUUAUAAAUUUGUCGCCAUUUUAACCUAACACAGCCUGUUUAUUAUUUAUAUUAAUGUUGUUAUUAUCAGGACCUUUUAAAUAUGUUUGAGAUUAAACGAAAGGCUAUUUUAAAAAGUUUUUUUAUUCUUAAAAAAUGCUUCCGAAUGGUGACCAUUCCUUCCUGAAGAGCAGAGUGAAUUGGGGUUAAUUCGGUGCGGGUCCACUGCCCUCUGGAGGCGCUGAUCAGGGCCUGAAAACGGGCGAGGUCAAGCUGAGGUCCAGACCGGAAAACCGAGGCUCCUCAGCGGGCAGCGGGCUGCUCUCUGUCGGCUUCAAACUCAAAUGCUCCGCGGGGUUUAUUAGGACACACUGCACAGUGUGUCCUAAUAAAAUAUAUAUUUUAAACUAAAUAUAGGCUACCUGGGAAUGCGCUAUUUUUCACCUAGUUUGGUGUAU